AUGUAAGUAGAGUAAGUCGAUUAUCAAUAAUUUGUCGAGAGAAAUAACAUAUUGCCAGAUGAAUCUAUUUAUCACUUUAAUUAGGAUGAGCAGAACGAUUUCAUCGACAAGAAGCCAUGGGAUAGUUCACCUAACUAUUUCAAGAAAUGCAAAAUUUCAAUUGCAGCUGUGAUCAAAAUGCUGAUUCAUGCAUGUCUUGGAAAGAACAAUGAGGUGAUGGGUCUGAUGUAAGGAAGAUGUGACAAGGAAACCUUCAUCAUUUACGAUGUAAUCUAUUUAAAUGCAGAGGCAAGUGAAGUGAAUGUUACCUUAACACCUGAAGCCAUGGGGGAAUACGUGUAAAUGAUUGAAAUGUUGGAAACUGUGGGAAGAGUGCAUCCUACAGUAGGAUGGUACCACUCUCAUCCAAGUUAUGGAUGUUGGCUAAGUGGCACUGAUGUCUAGAAUUAGAGAUUGUAAUAAAUGGGAUACGGAGCUUUUGUUGCUGUUGUGAUUGAUCCAAUCAGAACCAUGACCAAUUAAAAGGUAGAUAUUGGUGCAUUUAGAGUGUACCCUGAUGGAUAUCGACCAUUAAAAUAGAAUUAGGAUGACAAUAUCGGAAUUCCCACUCAAAAGAUCAAAGAUUUUGGAGCUUAUCAUGACAAAUAUUAUUCAUUGGAUAUUGAAAUAUUUAGCAAUUCUAUCGAUAGCAAGAUUGUUUAGGGAUUAUGGGAACGAUAUUGGGGUGUCAGAUUGUCAUAGUCCAUUCUAGAGGAUAACCAGUUGUAUUUUAGAUAGUGUCUAUGUGAUUUGAAGGACAAAUGCUUCAUCAAGUAUGAUCAGCCCUACCAAGGGAGUGGACAAUAGACCAAUGAGAAGCAGUAAAUCAAGGAGGCUCAAAAGUUCUCAGUGGAGUUGGCUGGAGCCUUGCUGUCAGAGACUGUGAAGUAAAUAUUAUUCUAAUGA